CGCAUAGGACGUUCCGAGUGCAUACAGGAAGGCGCACGUUUACUGUUCUCGGCUUCGAGAGCUCAGCGGAUGACACCUGUGCAGCCGUCAUGACAUUCUCACGUCAAAUGCUUUCAAACGUUGUGAAGCAGCACGAUCUGUGAGCCCCCUUCUGAGUACUGUACAAACCUCUAUCCAGUUCACAUAAAAUUGCCUUGGCCCAUGCAUUCCAGACAGCUGCGGCCCGUUAACUCUGCGCCAAGCUUACGUUGAGCCUGCAAAAUCUCGAGCUGAAAGGCGUGAAUGUCAGGGAUGUCGUCGUUAGUGGCAAAUUUGCCAGCAACAUCUUUUUUACGCGAAAGCUGUCUUUUUCGUGCUCGGCUCCGAGCAGCACUGGAUGAGUACAGCUCUGAUGAGCGCACAUUGCUCCAUUUCCCCCCGCUGGAACUUUGGUUUAAAUUCGAUACAGACAAUGCAGUGAUGAUUGCAUGGGCUUCGAUGCAUCGGUUCCUCGCUGGUGAUUAUGAUGACUAUUCAGUAGACCUUUGUAUCAAGUGGAGCAUCGAGGAUAUCAGAGUAUGAAGCGUCUUGCAGUGGAGGAAGGUUGUCCAUUGGGGUGGAGUCCACUGGUGGUCUGUGUAC